AACGACACAAAUAGAGUGUAAUGUAAAUAGGUGCAGAUCACAAUAUAAGACGUAACAGUCUUUUAUGUAUUAAAAAUUUUAAAACCUAACUUUAUAAUUACGAAAACACAACACAUGCUUGGGAGGAAAUAUCCUAACUUCACAAGUUAUUAUUCAUUAUAUAUAAAAAAAUGCAAGAAUAGAGAGUUCAAAAAUAGUUUGGAUAAAGUUGUGCUAGACUCUCUCGUCAUUCUCGUCCUCAAGGUAAUGGUCAUUCUCGUCCUCAAGGUAAUGGGGAACGCGUGUUGUGUUGCUCCUCGUGACAAAAUGGUCCUCCUGCCUAACUCAUCAUCAGCUGCUGAGAGGAGGCAUUCUACUACUUGGAGCUUCCGCUGGGAUAAUCAUAACAGAGGCCGUGUAGCUGGUGAAGAAGCCUCUCUUAGUUGGUUGUCUGAUGGGAUUAGCCAGAACGAUGUGUCUGACAUCAACUCUGAUUUUUUAUCAUCUCAAGGUUCCCCUUUGGACAGCUUUCGGACACAGACGAUGCAGAAGUCUCCGGCCUCAGAUUUAUCUUUUCCAAGAAAUUCUUCCAUGGAUACAGUCUUUGAGCAGAAAGAAAAGGAUUCAAUAGAAUCUGCAGCACCUUCAUACCCAUCUCCUGCACAAUUGUCUCUUUCACUUGCUUCACAACCAUCUUCUUUCCCAACGCCACCACUUCCCUCCCAGAUCUACUAUCACCCUGCAAGUUCAUCGACACUUAAUCCAACACAGCAAGUCUCAGAUGGUAAGAUCUGUGGAAUGAACUCACUUAGCAGAAGCUCAGCAACUGAAGAAGAGGAAAAGGGAACUCCUUUUAUAGUAAUUCAUAUACUACCACAGUAAAUGAAAAAUAAUGUGAUCCAACCAAAGAACGUAAUUUUGUUACAGCUCCCACUUGCAUCAACAUAACUCAAAAGCAGAGUCUUGAAGAUUUACCAAACUCCUUCAUAUCUUCAAUGGUGCUUUCUCUGGUAAGCAAAGAAAUUCAGCGACUGCAACAACAACAUAACUGAGUAACGAUCCAUUCAAGCGGGGUAUACAAAAGCAUUCUCUCAAUCAAAUUAAUGAUAGGAGAGAUUUUCAUUCAUUAUACUUACACCGAGCUUUUAAACAGACGUUUGUAUCACUGUUCUUUUCCUCAAAAAUUCUGUGGUAUCAGUUUUGAUGAAGGAUGUUUGUAGUUCUCGCCAAAUAUAUAUAUGAACGUUAGUGUA